CGUUAUAUUUGGUUCAAGGAUUUUGGAAAGAAAAGAAAAUGGUUUCUUUCAUUUUCCUCACAAAAAUGGAAGGAAUUUGAUUUUCCCUCCACUUGGUACAUUUUGCCUCCUCAUUUUCUUUUCCUUCCACGUUUCCUUUCUUUUCCCCUCUAACCAAACAAGAAAAAUGGUUUUCCACUUCAUUUUCUUUUCUUUUCCCUUUCAAAUUCCUUGAACCAAAUAUAGCAGGGGGGCCUUAUUGGGAGGUCCCAAAGGGACGAAAAGAUGGGCGGGUUUCGAAAGCUAGUGAAACCAUACAAUUGCCUGCCCCAGCCUUUAACCUCUCUCAGCUAUACCUUAGCUUCUCUCUCAGAGGUCUCUCCAUGGAGGACCUUGUGGCUCUCUCAGGCGGGCACACGAUAGGUUUCUCCCAUUGCUCAUCCUUCAACAAUCGGUUGCGCAACUUCAACGCAACCAGUGACGUGGACCCCACGCUCAACCGUGCCAUGGCAGCCCAGCUGAGACGCAUUUGUCCGCCGGGAGGCAAUUCCAAGAACGCCGGAACGGGAAUGGAUCCUUCUUCAACGACCUUUGACAAUAACUAUUACAAGCUGGUUUUGCAAGGGAAGGGUCUGUUCUCCUCGGACCAGGCCCUGCUUGCAAAUCCCAAAACUAGAGCCCUUGUUUUGCAAUAUGCUAGCUCACAAGAAGCUUUCUUUAAGGCCUUUGCAAAUUCCAUGAUCAAGAUGAGCAGCAUCACAGGGGGUGAAGGUCCCACGUGCAAUUCCUACACGUACAAAUUGGGAACUGCUCCAAACCUGCAAGAAACGUUUCCUUGGUUCGCGCAUCUGCGCAAGCUUCUCCGGCAGAUCCCACGUGCAAUUCCUACACGUACAAAUUGGGAACUGCUCCAAACUUGCAAGAAACGUUUCCUCAGUUUGCGCAUCUGCGCAAGCUUCUCCGGUAGGUCCCACGUGCAAUUCCUACACGUACAAAUUGGGAACUGCUCCAAACCACAGAAACUGAGCAACGAUCGAUGGACGCGAUGCCGGGCGAUCGUGAACAGUAACCGCGAUCAAGAGAAACUGCUGUCGGGACGGUCGACCCACUCGACCGGUCUUCAGCAACGGUCGACCGUUCCGGCACUUCAGCAACAACAGGCGACGAUCGAUGGGCGCGAUGCCGGUCGAUGGCGCGGCCCCCGCAUCCCCGUCGCUUUCCAGGACUUCCUCGCUCGCCCCUUCGCCGCCGGCGCCGCCAGAGACACCCCGCCGCCCCCGCCAGUCGCCGGGAAACCCACUUCCCCGGAGUUCCACUUCUUCGGCGGCGCCCACCACCACAACUCUGCUGCUGCUAAUAAUCCCCUGCUUCAGCCGCCGUACUCCGCCUCCUCCGACGGCAGCUUCGACGGGCUGCCACCGCCGCCUCCGGCGGGUGCCGACAGGAGGAGGAGAAAGAGGGUUCAUGACUCCGUCGACAAGAGGCAUGUGCGGAUGAUGAAGAACCGGGAGGCUGCCGCCCGUUCAAGAGCGAGAAAAGAGGAAAGUCACUCUCUGUAGUGUGUUGUGCUCGUACUGAAGGGUUGGAGGCAGAAGUGGCAAUCCUCUUGAAAGAGAAUGCAAGGCUCAAUAAACAAUAUGAAAGGCUACGUCAAGAGGUAGAAGCUCACAAAGGCUGCAACAAGCUCACCCU